AUGUUCCCUAAGCUUACUCUUCUCUCUUUCGCCCUCACUGCGAUCUCCGCCCACGCGCAGCUCGUCGGCACAUACGAGACCGAGACCCACCCUUCGCUUACCUGGCAGAGGUGCACCAGGAGCGGCUGCCAGAACGUCUCUGGUAGCAUCGUCCUCGACUCCAACUGGCGCUGGGUUCACAGCAAUUCCGGCUACACCAAUUGUUACACCGGCAACACCUGGGACACCUCUCUGUGCCCCAACAACAGGCAAUGCGCGACGAACUGUGCUCUCGAGGGUGCUAAUUACUCCAACACUUACGGUAUCAGCACCAGCGGCAACGCCCUCACCCUCAAGUUUAUUCAGCCCAACAGUAACGGCAAGAACAUCGGCUCGCGCGUUUAUUUGCUCGCCAGCGAAAGCCGAUACCAGAUGUUCAAUCUCCUGAACCAGGAGUUCACCUUCGAUGUCGACGUUUCCAAACUCCCCUGUGGGUUAAACGGCGCCGUUUACUUCUCUGCUAUGGACGCAGAUGGUGGAAUGGCUCGCUUCUCGACCAAUAAGGCCGGUGCCAAGUACGGUACUGGUUACUGCGACUCCCAGUGCCCAAGGGAUAUCAAGUUCAUCAACGGAGAGGGCAACGCAGAGGGAUGGCAGCCAGCUUCCAACGACGAGAAUGCCGGACUAGGGAACAACGGCAUUUGUUGCAACGAGAUGGAUAUUUGGGAGGCUAAUUCGAUCUCCGCUGCGUACACUCCUCAUCCUUGCGACGGAAUUCAAGCCACCCGCUGCUCCGGAACCGCCUGCGGUGGCCAGAGUAACCGAUACGGCAGUGUUUGCGACCCCGACGGUUGCGACUUCAAUUCCUUCCGUAUGGGCGACAGGUCCUAUUACGGUCCCGGCCUCACGGUCAACACCAACUCCAAGUUCACCCUCGUUACGCAGUUCCUCACCGACACCGGAACCGCCUCUGGCACCCUCAAGGAGAUUCGCCGUCUCUACGUCCAGAACGGCCGAGUCAUUCAGCACUCAAAGGUCAACGUCCCCGGUAUGGCUGCCCACGACUCGAUUACGACCCAGUUUUGCAACGAGGCCAAGGUAGCGUUUGGAGACCGUGACAGCUUUGGUCAGCAUGGAGGGAUGGCCGGGAUGUCGAGGGCGAUGGCGGCGAGUAUGGUUCUUGUGCUCAGCAUCUGGGACGAUCACACUGCAAACAUGCUUUGGCUCGACUCCAACUAUCCGACAGACGCCGACCCUAACAAGCCGGGCAUCGCCCGUGGUACUUGCCCGACCAGCUCUGGCGUUCCUGCGGAGGUCGAGCAGUCGGCAGCCAGCGCGACUGUCACGUACUCCAACAUCAAAUUUGGUGACAUCGGGACGACCUACAGCGGAACGGCGUAG